AUGGAGGAGAAGACCACGUUCAAGGCGUCUGCCGCCUCUGACAAGGAGGUAUCCAGCGAUGAUGUCCUCGCGGGACAAGUCAUCGACUACUCCGGAGAGCCAGUCAGCUCUCAUCCUGGAGGGCUACACCGAACGUUCAAGGCCCGCCAUAUUCAAAUGAUCACGCUCGGUGGUUGCAUCGGCAGUGGUCUGUUCAUCAGUACCGGCAAGGGCCUGCACCUGGGUGGUGCCGCAGCCAUGUUAAUCGGCUACACCCUGAUCUGUGUCAUGGCGCUGGCGGUCAUGAACCUGCUGUCCGAGUCGACCUCCGUCUGGCCUACCUCUGGUGGCUUCAUCGAGCAUGCCAACAGAUUCGUCGACCCUGCCAUGGCAUUUGCCUGUGGCUUCACUGAAUGGCUGGCUUGGGUCACCGUCGUGGCGGCCGAGGCUGCAGUCGUGCGAGUCAUCUUGACCUUUUGGACCGACUCUAUUCCAACCGCUGCAGCAAUGACAGUUUACCUCGUCUUGGUCUUUGGCAUCCACGCGUUGCCCAAUCGCUGGUUUGCCGAGUUCGAGUUUGGCACCGCGGCCCUCAAAGUCAUGUGCAUGAUCAUCAUCCUGAUCACCUGUAUUGCCUUGAUCGCGGGUGCAGGAAAGGCCGGUGAGGUCCCACAUGCUUACAACUACACCACGGCACCUGCGUUCCCCAACGGCUUCAAAGGCGUAGCCACGACGUUUUUGCUUGCUUCCUGGGCCACCGGUGGACAGGAGAUCAUGUCGUUGUCGGCGGCAGAAGCGCAUCGACCGCGCUGGGACAUGCCGCGAGCGUGCAAGAACCUCUUCUUCCGGAUCGUGGCCUUUUAUGAGCUCUCAAUCAUCUUCCUGACCAUCCUCGUCCCUUAUAACGAUGAGCGACUCCUCGGCACUGGCACCGUGGCCAGUUCUCCCUUUGUGAUUGCCAUGGUCAACGCUGGCGUCAAGGGUCUGCCCGACCUCAUGAAUGCCGUCAUCCUUUUGGGUCUGGUCGCAAUCGGGGCCGAGUCUCUGUAUGUCUCGUCCCGUACCAUGGUUGCCAUGGCCGAGAUGGGCAUGUUUCCCAAGAUCCUUGGCCGUAUCGACAAGAAGGGCCGCCCUCGUUGGGCACUCUUCACCUCAUGCAUCUUCUGCACCAUCUUCACCUACAUCAACUGCUCCAGCACCGGCGGUAUCAUUUUCACGUGGUUCUCGUCUGUCUCAUCCACCGUCUUCUUCCUGUCCUGGCUCUCCAUCGCAAUCACCAACAUCCAGAUCCACCGAGCCAUCAAGGUACAGAAUGAUCCCGUGUGGACGCUCCCGUACGCCUGGAAGAUACGCGCCUUUCCCGCCACCGCCGUCUUCCUGGCCGUCACCACCAUCUUCGUCCUCUUCUCAGUGGGAUACGUGAGCUUGUUCCCCAUCGGUGGUGCACCUCCGAGCGCCGAAACAUUCUUCGAGACCUUCCUCGCCGUCCCGCUCUGGAUCGUCUGUUUCUUGGGAUACAAGCUGGUCUACCGUACCAAGUUUGUCAAUCCGGCCGAGGCUGAUUUGCAAUACGGCCGAAAACCAUUAAACGAGGAGGAUAUUGCUUUCUUCGAUCGCUACUUUGCCCAGCCCAUGUGGAAGAGACUUUUGUCGUAUGUGCGCUUCUAG